UUUUGACUUGUUGCACAUUGAGUGGAAAUCAAAAUCAAAAGAGUCUCGCUUCUCGAACUCAAGUGGUGUGUUUUUGAGUGUAUUUUGUUCAAAAGUCGCCGAAAAAAGGAAAAUCAUGAUGAGGAGCAUCGCAUGGAACUAUGCAAAAACCCUAAAAUGCAUCUUGCCAGGAGUCAGGCAGAUGUCUUCUUCAGGAUCAUUGACUACAGUUGAAGUCAAUGAUAAGACUGGCAUAGCUACCUUGACUCUAAAUAGGCCUCCAGUCAAUGGUCUGAACCUUGAACUACUCACGUCCAUCAAGAAUUCAAUUGAAGAAAUCGAAAACAACAAGAGCAAAGGAUUGAUUCUGACUUCGUCCUCGAAAACAAUCUUCUCAGGUGGAUUGGACAUAAUGGAAAUGUACAAGCCAGACCCAGAGAGAGUGAAAGCCUUUUGGACAGCUCUGCAGGAUGCUUGGAUAACUCUUUAUGGUUGCAGUGUUCCUAGUGUUGCAUUAGUCAAUGGCCAUUCUCCUGCUGGUGGUUGUCUUCUAGCAACGAGUUGCGAAUAUCGGGUCAUGCUACCGAACUACACAAUCGGUUUGAAUGAAACCAAACUAGGAAUUGUAGCUCCCGAAUGGUUUAUGUCGGCAUUUUUGAAUGUUCUUCCGCGAAGAACUGCCGAGAUUGCCCUUACCCAAGGUAAACUCUUCACAACCGACGAAGCACUUCAAGCUGGCUUAAUUGAUGAAAUAGCUGCAACAAAAGAAGAGGGCAUAGUCAAGUGUGAGCAGUUUAUUGCUUCAUUUGCUAAAUGCAAUCCAAUAGCGAGAGCGAUGACAAAGCAGAAGAUGCGACAGAGUGCUUUAGAUGGAUUGAUAAAUUCAAAGGAACAAGAUUUACAACUAUUUUUGUUUAUUAUAACUCAGCCCAUGGUGCAGAAGGGUCUGGGUCUUUAUUUGGAAGGAUUGAAAAAGAAGAAGGCUUAGAUUUAAGAAGAAAAUCAAAAAUCUGAUUGUUUUAUAAGAUAAAAGAAUUUGCAUUUUUUAAAUAAUAAAGUACUUCAUAAUGCCUAUGAGUCUUGAAAAGUGAA